UCAGCUGCCGGAGAUAGCUUCCCUCCAUCUUCAACAUCCCUUCACGCUGAGGCAGCGCCUCGACGCCGGGGGGCACGACGAGUCGGAUACUCCCUCUGCCAACCUGUUGCUUGCGACCGAGGUCCUAACAAUAUGACAUACAAAAAAAUUAGACAAUUGACAACAGUUGGGCAGUCAUGGAACAUUAAAGUGAGAGUUAUAAGAAUAUGGGAAUCAAUUAAUUUUGCAACAGACGAACUUAUGAGCUUAGAUAUGAUUCUUAUGGAUGAACAGGAUGAUACAAUUCGUGCUACUAUUUGGAAGAAUCUUAUUGACAGUUAUAAGCCAAAGAUCAUUGAGGGCUCUAUCUAUGCACUUAGAAAUUUCAAAGUCCAAGAAGAUGCCAGAUAUCGUCCAGUAAAGAAUUUAUUUAAAGUAGUUUUUGUCUAUAACACAAAUGUUCAGGCAUUGGAUGCAGAUUUAGUCAAUUUUAAAAAAUAUUACUUUGAGUUUGCUUCUAGAGAUACACUGCUAGAGCGAAAAAAUAUAGAUAAACAAUGCUCAGAUGUUAUUGGAUUACUCACAAAGAUUAAGAAACUUGAAUCUAGGAUCAUAAUGAAAAAUACUGCCAAUCCACGCAAAAGGGAUAUUCGAGAGAUUGAACUUCUUAUAUCAAAGGAUGAUACAGUCAGGAUAACUCUAUGGGGACAUUUAGCUCAUUCUCUGAAUGAGGAUGUUGUUGGAAAACACACUGUCGUGAUUGUUACAUCAACAAUGGUGGAAGGUUUGCAAGGUACACUAUCUCUAAAGUCAACAAAUGACACAAGAUUAUAUAUUGACUUAGAUAUACCUGAAACCUGGAAGCUUAUUGACAGUGUUCCAUAUGAAGAAACUGUACCAAAAUUAAUGGAUGUAGAUAAAAGUACAAAAGGUACCAUUCAGGAACAAAUGUUUUAUAACAGAAGAACUUUACAAGACAUUACUCAGAUGAGACACGAUAACCCAACAGAUCAGGAUUUUGUGUUCACAUCGAAAGCUACAAUUGAACGACUAGAAAAUUCUUCUUGGUGGUACAUGUCAUGCAAUGGUUGCAACAAAAUGUGCACUAAAGUAGACGGCAAGUAUCAUUGUAGAAAGUGCAAUGCAUGUCCGGAAGCAACAACUCCUAGGUAUUGGAUUCGACUCCAAAUUAGUGACCACACAGCAACCACUACAUGUAGUAUAUUUGAUGAUGAAGCACAAAAAAUGCUCAAGAUGACCAUCACAGAUCUGCUAGAUUCACUUAAUGGGAAAUCUGAAGAAAUCCCUAUGGUUAUUCAACAACUAUGUGGGAAAACACUUAUCUUCCGUUUCAUGCUAAAGGAGCAAAAUUUGACUGAAGGGAAAGAAUACUAUCUGGUGAAGAAAACAUUUGAGCCAGAUGAGAAGCUAGAGUUUCAAUAUUCAAAUCAUCAAGCGGAGAAUGAUCACAACAUCGAAGAUACACAUGACAAAAAAAUAUCAGAUUUAUUUGAUGAAGAAGAAUUAAAACAUAGCAAAUACAAAAAUGGAAAUUUUGAGUUGAAGCAUACAAGUGAUCCCAUUCUGGAGGAAUGUAAGAUGAAAGCUUCACUUCGCAAAAAUACAUCAAAAUCAAUUGAUUUGGAAGAUAGUGGCGAAGAUAUCAAAUGUAGAGAAAAAUCUCCAGCAUCAAGGGAAGACAACCUUAGCAGUAAAAGAAGGCACAGAGCUAUGAUAGUAGUUGAUGACUCAGACGAAGAUUGCAUAGCAACAAUGCAAAAUAAAAAAAGGAGUAAAGUUUCCUGGAAGAAAGUUAAAAGAGCUCAUGCCAAAUCAAGAGACAUCACAAAGGCCAGAAGAAGAUGCCGAUGUUGAUUACAAUCAUACCCAACAGAUGAAUUGUGAUGUCCCAGAAAUACCCCAAAAGACUAAGAUACUGAAAAGAGCUAACAAAAGUUUUAAGAGGUCAGAAGAAACAGUUGCUCAUGGAAAAAGAAAAAGAAGAAAAAAUACCCUCAACAUGGAACUUUCUACUAAACAGCAAAGUUCACUUGUUUCAAAAGAUAUAGAUGUUGAUGGCAACAACGAUAUCAACUACGACCAUACCAAUAGGAAAUCUAUUCUCAGGAAAAUCAAGCGGCAAAAACGUGAUGUAGCAGUCAAACAAAGCGAAUCUAACGUGUUAAAGGAUGGUGUCAAAGGUUCCAAAAAGCGAACCCAAAAGUUGAAGAAAAAUCCUACAGAAAAAAGAGUGGCAGCAUAAUUGUGAUGGACACAGAAACUAUGACUGAUCUGCAAGAACAACAAACGGGUACUUCAGAGCAAGAAAAUGAUCAUAGCGACAUUGGUAUCAAAAUUAGUCCAGCAGAGGAGAUUUAUGAAAGCAAUAGAGAUAUGAAAUCUGAUCCAUCAAAUAAAAAUGCUGAAAAUAACAUGGAAUUCGAUUCUGUCCCUUUGGAUGUAAUUGUUCAACACAAUAGUGACAGAGAUACAAAAAGACCAACAAGAAAGUUGAAGAAAUGUUCCUACAGAAAAAAAGGGGCGAAAUAACUAUGAUGGACACAGGAAUUACGACUGAUCUGCAAGAAGAGCAAUCAAAUAGUUUAGAACAGGAAAAUGAUCAGAGCAUUAGUCAAAUCAACCUCAUUCCAACAGAGGAGAAUUCUGAAAGCAAAAAUAAGGUCAACAACAUACUCCUGCAUGGAGAUGAUCGUCCAACUCUUUACAGAUCAUCAAGAAUUAGAAGAAUUCCUGCAAGAUAUAAAUCUUAGGUGUGCACACAUAGCAGUCAGAGAAGAUGUGAAGAAUUAGAUCAAAGAAUCACUCCCGUGCAAGCUACGAGUAAAAGCAGCACUACAACAGUAGUAUAGAAAAUAUCAGGAUAUAGUAAUAAACAUCAUCAUGUAUGCCUUCUUACAGUGCCAUUAUAAUAUAUAUUUCAUAGUUUUCCAGAA